CCUGUAUCUAUUGUUGAAAUAGUCAAAGCUUUCUCACUUUGUCCCAAGAAAAGUAGUCAUAAUUUAGAUCGCCCAGCACACGCCUUGGCUACGCUGCUUGUCGUCUAUCCUGCUUGUCAAAAAAUAGUCUCGUGGGUCUAUAAUGAUGCGCUCCUAUUGAGUCUAUUUCCUUCCUCUUGGCUAGCAACACUCAUUAGCCUUUUGCUUAGGAAAGGAGACUUGUCUGAUUUGCGUAACUGGCAUCUGAUUUUACUAAAUUAA